CUGCUGCUGCCUCCCUGAUUCCAGGCACGGUGUCAACAGAGGAAGCAGCAGCAAGAAGGCGACCUGUCAGCAAAUGCAAAUAGCCCCCUCCCCUUCCUAACCCCCAACAGAUACACACGCCCUACAUAACCCACUGCAGCUACUCCCCCAAAGGAUGAGGCUUCACUGCGUGGCUUGCUUGUUUAUUUCUUGCCUGUAUAUUUCAGCGAUCGCUCUCUCUGAAGCUAGGACAUUUUUAUCUGAGCAUCAUGCAUCAGAGUUUCUUGCCAGAAAACGUCGAGCAAACUCCUUUAUGGAAGAAAGCAAGAAGGGGAAUUUGGAGCGGGAGUGCAUUGAAGAAUACUGCAACAAGGAAGAAGCCAGAGAGGUCUUUGAAAAUAACCCUGAAACGGACUAUUUCUAUCCCCGAUAUUUAGAUUGCCUGGCUUCAUUUCGAACCGAAAUUUUCACGAGUUCAUUACAGACUUCCGGGAUUCCAGCUGACCUGAGGUCCUGUGUAAAAGUAAUAUCAAACCAGUGCAUUCCACUGCCAUGCAAUGAAGAUGGUUAUAAGGAAUGCAGAGAUGGGCAAGCCAAGUUCACCUGUGUCUGUAAACCUGGAUGGCAAGGAGAGAAAUGUGAAGAGGAUAUCAAUGAAUGUGAAGACCUAACAAACAGAAAUGGAGGGUGUAGUCAAACUUGUAUUAAUUUUCCUGGAAGCUACCGUUGUAUUUGUGAAGAUGGUUAUUAUAUACAUCCAAAUAAACUGGACUGUGAGGACAGGAAUGAAUGCAUGUUGGACCCAAAGAUUUGUGGGACAGCACAGUGCAAGAAUACUCCUGGGAAGUACGAGUGUGAAUGUCCGGCAGGUUAUGCCUAUAACUCAACUACAAAGAAGUGUGAAGAUGUGGACGAAUGUGCUGAAAAUGCCUGUUCCCAAAUGUGUGUCAAUACUCCUGGAAGCUACACCUGCUAUUGUGAUGGCAAGAAGGGCUUCAAGCUUUCUAAGGACAUGAGAACUUGUGAGGUUGUACAGGAUUGUCUCGCCCUGAAUCUUGAAAAGUAUUAUGAAUUGCUUUAUCUGGCAGAGCAAUUUUCAGGGAUCCCUGUUUUGUAUUUAAGGUUCAGAUUGCCAGAAGUUACAAGAUUUUCUGCAGAAUUUGAUUUCCGGACUUACGAUAAUGAGGGUGUUAUACUGUAUGCCGAGUCCCACGACAACACUGAAUGGUUUUUGCUUGCACUGCGUGAUGGAAAGAUUGAAAUUCAAUUCAAGAAUGAACUGGCAACCAAAGUAACAAGCGGUGGCAAAGCCAUUAAUGAUGGUUUGUGGCACAUGAUCUCCGUGGAAGAACUAGAGCACAGCAUCAGUGUAAAAAUAGCAAAAGAAGCAGUUAUGAGCAUCAAUAGUCCAAGAAAUCUUUUUAAGCCCUCCAAUGGCUUUCUGGAGACAAAGGUGUAUAUUGCAGGACUACCUCGCAAAGUGGACAACACUCUCAUUAAACCGAUUAACCCACGCCUGGAUGGGUGUAUCCGUGCCUGGAACUUGUUGAAUCAGGGAAAUUCUGGUGUAAAAGACAUCAUUCAACAGAAAGAAAGCAAACACUGUUUAAUAAGCGUUGGGAAAGGAACUUACUAUCCCGGCACUGGAGUAGCCAAGUUUCACAUUAACUACAACAACAGCCUGAACAACGCUGAAGAUUGGUUAAUAAACAUGACCCUGGCCAUCCGGCCAUCCACAGGCACUGGAGUCCUGCUUGCCUUGGUUUCUGGUGAAAUGGUGCCUCUUGCUUUGUCCAUAGUUGACUCCAACUCCAAGGGCACACAGGAUAUCAUUGUAUCAAUUGAGAAUGUCAUUGUGGCCCGGUUGGAAUCAAAGCGAUUGUGUACCUCAGGAAGAAUGCUGCUGAGACUCAGAGUGACUAGACAGCAGCUUGAACUUACAGCUGAUUCAUACACUGUGCUUGCCUCCUUGGAACAGGAGCUCUCUGCUCUUGAUCAAGCGAUGAAUAAGUCUAUUGAUACUUACUUAGGUGGCAUUCCUGAUGUUCCACUUGAGGCAACCCCUGUAACAGUGUUUUAUAAUGGCUGCAUGGAGGUGAAGAUCAAUGAUAGACAGCUGGAUCUGGAUGAAGCCAUCUCCAAAAAGAAUGACAUUAGAUCGCAUUCAUGCCCAUUGCUUAUGGAUGAGAUGCCGAGUGUUGUUGCCACUGAUCUCCCAUCUGUUCAUUAAUCUCUCAUGAGAAAAUCCAGAUUGUUUUGCACAACAUGAAUAAGGACAGAAAUUGAACUGUAAAGGUUCUCCUUUUCUAAUAAUGUGUUUUGAGAACAAAAGAAUUGCAUCCUUUUCCAAAAUAAAGGGACUGUACCAAGAUUAAUAUUUCAUCAAAAUAGUUUCAGUUAUAACAUUUCAAGAGUUUUUAGUUGAAUUGUUUGCUGUUCAACAAUUAUACCAUUCAUAUUUUAUACCUUGGAGAAUAAAUCCAGAAACAUCUAUCUGCACUCAGAUUAAUGUCUUGGUUCUAAUAUAUUGUAUUGUGGCUGCAAAUAAUCACACUGAAUAAACUGAACCAAGACAUUUCA